GCUCAACACCCCACAUCGUUUCAGCGGCUGCUGAAGUUUCUUUGGAAACUGUCAGAUGGAGAGGAUCACCAAGUUAAUACAACACCAGAAAAGCUGUACCUACAAGUAACUCCAAUAUGAAAAGAAGGAUGGCCGAAAAAGCUAGUUUGAUGAUGAUCCAGGAGUGAGUAGAGCAAAACCCAACAUAUCAAGCCAUUUGUCCAUGACAGAGCGUGAACAGACCAAGCAAACACAAGGUUUGUAAGAAAAUGGCUGCAUCCUCAUCAGACAAUAGGGAAAAGGCCACAGAGAUCCAUAAUGUACUGGUUGAUCAUUUGGAUCAACAUCUUAAGCCACAAGAUUUCAUACGACUGAAAGAGCUUUUUAGGGAUUGUCCUUUUACUCGUAGAGACUUAAAUGACAUUCAGAAUGUUAAUGACCUAUUUGAACGUCUUACCAACUAUACGAAAAUUGAUUUGGGAAGCUACGAAACAAUUAUAUCAAAGUUGGAGGUUAUUAAUCGUCAACAGGCUACAUAUGUGGAGGAACAACAAAGACGAAUUCAGGAAAUCCUGAAUGAAGGACCACCGGCAGCAAAGAAACCUAGAACCGAAAGAGAUGGAAACCAGAUUAGAGCAAAAGAAAUGGCUAUUUCGACGCAUGAGCUAAUAUAUGAGAUACAGGAAGAAUCUGAUGCAGCAUUCAUAAAAUGUAGCGUGGAUCCUGUACCAAACAGUAUUGAAUGGAAAAGAGACAAAAUGCCAUCACCAAAGAAAAGAGUUGUUAUUGACAAUGAUAAAUACUUUUCUGGUGUGGAAUCGCCUACACUUGUGAUAAGAAACCCAAACAAACCAGUGGAUGAAGGUUACUACCAAUGCACGGCAGAGGCCAAUGGAAAAUCAGUGGAUGGAGAUAUUGUACAACUUAAAGUGUUUGCUGUCGAACCAGGAGCGAGCAGAGCAAACACCAACAUAACAAGCCAUUCGUCCUUGACAGAGCAUGAGCAGAACCAGCCAACACAAGGUCUUGUUGCUGUGAUGGAAGACGUUACUGCUGUGAGUGAAGACGUCACUGCUGUGCAGGAAGAAGUAACUUCUGUGAUUGAAGAUGUCACUGCUGUGAAGGAAGACGUCACUACUGUGAGUGAGAACGUCACUGCUGUGAGUGAAGACGUCACUACUGUGAGUGAAGACGUUACUGCUGUGAAGGAAGAAGUAACUACUGUGAGUGAAGACGUCGCUGCUGUGAAGGAAGACGUUACUGCUGUGAGUGAAGACGUCACUGCUGUGAAGGAAGAAGUAACUAAUGUGAGUGAAGACGUCACUGCUGUGAAGGAAGACGUUGCUGCUGUGAGUGAAGACAUCACUGCUGUGAGUGAAGACGUCACUGCUGUGAAGGAAGACGUUACUACUGUGAGUGAAGAUGUCACUGCUGUGAUGGAAGAUGUCACUGCUGUGAGUGAAGACGUCACUGCUGUGAAGGAAGACGUUGCUGAUUUGAGUGAGUACGAUACAGCUAUGAGGAAAGGCGUUGCUGCUGUGAAGAAAGAUGUCAGUGCCAUGAGACAUUUUUCAUUCACAAAGGAAGGUAUGAUACACUCUGGGGCUUGGGUGUUGGUAUAA